CGCGAUGGCUUCUCUGACCAUUGAUGAGGUGAAUGGCCUCAAGGUCAAGGAGCUGAAGGACGAGCUGAAGAGCCGUAACCUUCCCACUUCUGGCCUCAAGAAUGACCUGGCGCAGCGUUUGAUUGAGGCCAUUGCUGCCGAAGGCACGACCGAAUCUGCCCCUGCCCCUGCCCCUGAAACGGCACCCCCGCCCCGUGCCGAGCCGGUUGCGACACCCGUCGACGCAGCCCAGCCUCCUGCUGUGCCAUCGACGGGCGCGCCCAAGGCCGAGGCUGAAGUACCCACCCCAUCCGCACCCCCGGCUGCGCCGGCGCCAAAAGCGGCCAAUGACGGCAAGGUUCUUCGUCGUGCUGAUGGCAAAAAGAAGAAAAACAAGAAGAAAAAAUCCAAGCAACAGUCUGACGCGCCUGCUCCGCCCACCACGACCCCGACCGACUCUGGGGUGGAGAACAUUGACAUUGAAUAUGUGCCCGAGGAGCUUCCCUCGGCUGAUCCGGCCCUAGGCGAAUUUGCCGCCAUCUUUGACCGUUUCAAGUUCACCGAGCCAGAAGAGUCGACAGAGAAAGACAAGAAUGAUCAGCAGGCGACCGAGGACGGCGAGACCAAGACAGAGGGCAUGGACGAGGAUGGCGAUGAUGAAGAGGAAACCGAUGAGCAGAAGAUGAGCAAGCGCCAGUGGCGCAAGCAUCACCGUAUGAACGUGGCACAGCUCAAGCAGUUGGUGGACCGCCCCGAUGUGGUCGAGCUGCACGACGCGCAUGCCGCCGAUCCUCAGCUGCUGGUGCAUCUCAAGGCCUAUCGUAACACCGUUCCUGUGCCUCGGCAUUGGGCCAACAAGCGCAAGUACUUGCAGGGCAAGCGUGGCUUUGAAAAGCCUCCCUUUGAUUUGCCCGAGUUUAUCAAGCGCACGGGUAUCACUGAAAUGCGUGAGGCGUUGGCCGAGAAAGAGGCUGAAAAGGGCAUCAAGGCCAAGAUGCGUGAAAAGGUGCGUCCCAAGAUGGGCAAGAUUGACAUUGACUACUCCAAGCUCCACGACGCCUUCUUUCGCUGGCAGACCAAGCCCAAGCUCACGGGCCAUGGUGAUAUCUACUACGAGGACAAGGAGUUUGAGACAGUCAUGACAAACCGCAAGCCGGGUCAGCUCUCGACGCGCCUUAAAGAGGCUUUGGGCAUGCCGGUGGGCGACGAUGCACAGCCCGUUCCCCCGCCCUGGCUUCUCCACAUGCAGCGUUUCGGCCCGCCACCAUCGUAUCCAAACCUUUCCAUCCCUGGCCUCAACGCUCCGAUUCCAUCGGGUGCCAGUUUCGGGUAUCAUCCUGGAGGCUGGGGCAAGCCUCCCGUCGAUGCCAACGGCAAGCCCCUCUACGGUGAUGUCUUUGGUGCAUACGACCCCCAACUCAAGCUACAGGGGCUCGACUUGGAGGUGGACAAGAGCCUAUGGGGCAAACUUGAAAGCGACGCAGAGAGCUCAGAAGAUGAAUCCGAGGAUGAGUCGGAAGAGGAGGAGGGGGACAGCGACGAGGAUAAGGACGAGUUGGACGAUGAUGAAGGUCUUAUCACGCCAGGUGGCAUCACAUCCGAGGCGCCGAGCGGUAUUUCAUCCAUCACAACCGCUGGUCAAGAAACACCCGACCAACUGCAGCUGCGUAAGCAGCGGACGAUUGAGGAAGCCAUGGAUGCCAGUGAGGAGAAGAGUCUGUACAAGGUUAUUCCCCAGAUGCAGGCCACGCAGGGCAGCAACAUGAUGGCCUCCCAACACGUCUAUGACCUCAAGUCCUCCUCAUCCGGCUCUGCCGCCGGUGGGGCUAGCUCGGGCGGCAUUGCCAUUGCGUUGGACAACCCCGACGAUCUGGGCCGGCUCGAGGCUAACCAAGAUCUCCUGCAACGCAAACUGGCCGAGGCCAGCGGCGCGGGCCAACGGGAAGAUCUUUCUGACAUGGUUGCCGAGCACCAAGCCAAGGCCGCGGCCAAGCGCAAGAAAUCGGACAAGGGUGGAACGUCCAAGAAAUUCAAAUUUUAA